AUGAGCUUUGUUGGGCGCAGCUUCGUGGUUGCUUCCCUGGUGGCUCUGUGUCGAGCAGGUAGCAUUCGUGGCAGCAGCAGAGAGGAAGGACGCACUAUUUCUGUGGAGGAAGUUCAAGCCGGCUUGCAAGCUGCCAUGCAAACAGUGUUGGAUGGUGAUGACGACUCAAGGAUGCGUUCUGCUCGCAUUGAAGAGCGUGUGUGGCAAACAUUUCAGGCUCUACCCAAAAACGAUGUGGGUCGCUUGACCCCUCGCGGAGUUCGAUACUUGGUGCACAACUACUUCAUGAAAGAGCAUGGCUGGCUGAUUCAGGGCUUGGAUCCACAUGGAAAUCAGGCGAAUGUCUCUGAAGUUCAUGAGGUGAGCAUCUUGCGGGACAAGGCUCCUGCACUUGUUGAGUCAUUGUUGGAAGCACGGCGCUCCAAUCAUGGCCUGGCCCUGACAGACAUCGUCACCAUGAUUGCCGCGUUGGAACGAUUGAUAUUUGAUGAAUCUUUGGCUUUGCUUCGUGCAGCUUAUGCCUUCAACGAUGUCAGCAUGUUUGGAGAAGUGGAGCAGAGCCGGGUGCACGAUGUGCUCACUUCUUACCUUUUGCUCUUUCAGCUGGGCAGCAAAGGAAAUUUGUCUGAUGCACGGUUGCACCGUGCUUUGAAGGCCAGGGUCUCUCGUAGGGAUGACUGGCCUACGGUUGUGGAUUUCCAGAAGGAUGCGGUGAUGAAUUUCAACUAUGCCGAGAAAGACACCUCCAACCCUUUUGUCGAGCCGCGGUACACUUUCGAGGUAGGCCUGUUGGUGGGCCACUUUGUUCUUGGUGUGGCACAGCUGAAUGAGUCCGGUACAGACGGUGCCAGUGGCCGCCGUGGAAGGCCUCGCAAAGGAGAAUCAGUUCAGACGAAGGCUUCUGGACGCUUCGGGGGUCAAGCUCGAAAGACCUAUGGGGAGUGCACAACAGUGCUUGUGCCUGAGACUGGGCCUGUUCAAGAUGUCACGAAGAACUUCGUAGUUGUGCGAUGCGCAUACAAGAAGAAGAAAGCUUCCUUCGAGGGGGAGGAGGGAGUGACUUCGCUAUGGGUCUGCAAGACAUGCCUGUGGCACGAGAAAUGCCCCUCGCACAACCGCGCUUUGGCGCACAAGCUCGGCCCCGUGACCCACCAAGCGUGGUUGGAUUCUGGUCCUCUUAGACCUCGACGAGAACCAUGUGCUUUGGCUGAAAAUGUGAAGAAGCAAUUGCACGAAAUCACUCGCGCCACUCAUGGAAAUGCAAGGGUGAAGGCUUGUGAGCAGUUGCUUCCACAAGAGACCGUAGCUUCUUUAGCUAUGACUGGGGUGACCUUGGCCAAAACUUACUGCUCCUUCCAGAUGUGGGAUAGUUUGGAGGAAGCAGAGCCAGGAGGGCAGCCUCUGAAUUUGGAACGGGCCAAAUUGCUCGAAGCCCUGGAGAUUGUUGAAACUCAGUCUUCUUUCUCACGAGCAAAUCAUCCUCGCCGGAAUGAGCUUUUAGCGUAUGUUUCCAGUGGCGCUUACAAAGGCACGAACCGGCAAGAAGUGGCCAAGAUUUUGAAGACGCUAUACCGCCAGUGCUGUGACCAUGCCCUUGCUAUGGCGCGGAAUUCCUUGUGCACAUUGACCUUUGAUGGCAUGUUCAACCAGGGCUACAACAUGACCAACUUUUGGGCUGUGAAUGCUGGGUGCAGGCACCACUUGCGCGCAAAGGACUUUUCGUGGAAAGUGCAAGAUGCUGCGACCCUAGCAAAUGAAGUAGCUGGCCUUGCCAAUAGCUUGGGCGUGGAGAUGAUUGCCUGCGUAUGCACCGACAGGCCGAGAGUGAUGAGAGCUGCGCGCAGGGGCUUCCUCAAGAGAACUUCGCGGAUCACCUGGUGCUUUUGCUUGGAGCAUGGUGGCCACACUUUGGCCAAAAAGCUGCUGAAAGUUUUCCCAUGGAUGCAUAAAGCUUCGAAGGAUUUGAAGAAAAUGCUGGCGUUUCAGUCUCGCAAGAAGAGGCUUCGCUGCUUACUCCGCGACCGAAUCGCUCGGUCCAGCAAGCCCAGGAAGAUUCACUUGAAAGUGCCUCGUUCUACACGUUUCUGCUCUAUGCAAGCCAGCGGCGUGGCCUUCAUGUGGAACCUUGAGGACAUUCAAGCCUUCAAGAGCAUGAAAGCUGGUGAGGGCGGUGACGAGUUUGUCCGCGUGAUCCACGACCGGAACCUGACUAAUCCCAUUGGUCGAUUGACGCUAUUCCUGCAGCCCCUCACCACAUUUGUUCGAAUGGCAGGGCGAGGUGUCAUGUCUGAGGCGGUGAUGCUUUGGUACAACAUGGAGACCCAGAUGGACUUUCUCACUGGCAAGUUUGACUUUGUGCGCCGGGGUGAGGCGAACGAAGCUUUGACAGAGAGGCGCCACCUGUGGCGUCAGUGGACAGAGCACUACCGUGAUGGAGGCCUAGCCCCUGGACGAAAAGAAGACAAAGUGAAAGACCCGGGCUUCCUUCAGGAUGCUCACUAUUGUGCCUUUUUGCUUGACCCACGCAUGUAUCAGCUAGCGAGGCAGCAUGCUCGUACUGCACCUUCUCUUCGCAAGGGCCUUCCUCGAGCCAAUCUCCACGAGGUGCGUGUCGCCUGUGCAGAUCGCAUGGUUCCCUACUUGCAUACCUUCUUUGCAAACAAUGCCUACGCCUUGGGGCGUGCAAUUGCAGAGUGGCAGGACAGCGGUGAAACCAGAAAUCAGCCUGGUUCUCCUAUAUGCGACUUUGAGGGACGCAAAGGGGUCUUUGCAAAUGUCGACUUCCGAGUGCAGCUUGAUGACGACAUGCAAUCCUGGUGGCGGCGAACCAAAUCGACUUGGCUGUCAGAGGUUGCGCUCCACGUCGCGGCCAUGUGCCCGACCAACCAAGCUGCUGAACAUGGGUGGGCUCACUUGUGCCGAGUCACAACGCCAGUGCGAAACAGAUUGUCAAUGGAUACGCGUUCGAUGCUCGCAACAGUGCAGCAUCAUGCCCACCACGUGCAUCCUUAUGUGCAAAACCAGGCUCCUGCUCAGAGCCAGAAGAAGCGCAAAAGCUGGGUACCACCUUCGCUCCGCUUUGAUGUGAAGCUGACAAUCGAAGAUUGUCGAAGGCACGCAGGUGCGGAUGGCGCCGAGCUGGGGCCUGGAAAGCUGCAAUCGCCUCUUGAAGCCGAUGAUGUGGACUCCAUGGACAGUCACUCCAGCUCGUCAACCUCUGAGGAGGACUCCUCGGACGAGUCUCAGGGUUCGGAAGGCGACGUGCCGCCUUGUGUGCCUUGCGAUCCUUUUGUCCAAGUUUCCGAAGAUGACUUGGAGCACAACCUUCGCAGUGAGAUGUGA